CGUAACUUGUAAUUUUAAUUUUGUUUUUAUAAUUCCUUUAUUAUAUUCUUGUUCUUUCUUUUAUUAGUAAUUUAACUAUUGUGGUAAUGGCUCUUUCAAAUAUAUCCGGAAUACCAGACAAACAUUGGCAACCUCCAUUUGUAGCUUUUGAAACAACUAUGGGUGAAAUCCUUAUUGAAUUGUAUUGGAAACAUGCACCUAUAACGUGUAGAAAUUUUGCAGAAUUGACACGUCGUGGGUAUUACAAUGGUACCAAAUUUCAUAGAAUAAUUCGUGAUUUUAUGAUACAAGGUGGUGAUCCAACUGGUACAGGAAAAGGUGGUGUGUCUAUAUACGGAGAUUGUUUUGAUGAUGAAAUUCAUGACGAUUUAAAACACACCGGUGCUGGUAUAUUAUCUAUGGCAAACUCUGGACCAGACACUAAUGGAUCUCAAUUUUUUAUUACAUUAGCACCUACACAAUGGUUAGAUGGAAAGCAUAGUAUAUUUGGGAGAAUUCAUUCUGGUAUGGCAAUAGUUAGAAGAAUCGGUCUUGUUGAGACAGAUAAGAAUGAUAGACCUAUAGACGAUGUAAAAAUUGUUAAAGGAUCUGUGAGAAACGCGUGAUUAUAAUAUUUCUAUUAAAUGUAAUUUAUUUUUUGAU